CGAAAUGUAACUACAACAUUUAUAUAUGUAACGCGUGAGUGAAACGAUUCUGACGCAAAUUAUUUUUAUAAGGGAAACUAUAUAACUAAUAAGCUAUUUGUUUAUGGAUAUUGCCCAAUUGCCAUACCCAGGUACAGUUACUCACAGCCGUCGCUGAGAAUUGCGAUAUUAAUACUGUAACAUGGUGCGGAAUACACCUUUCACUUUCGACACCGGUAUCUCCCGAAUUCGUAAUGACGGAGUUAGUUGAUUUGAAGACGGCAACCGAAACAGCUGAUUAACAUAAAAUCUAGGAUAAAAUGAAAGUCCAAAUUAUCAUCUUACUCCUGCACAGCUCUGUGCUCCUGGUCACUUCCGAGGAUGCGCUCGAAACUAAAGAUCUCGGUGUUAACGACUAUGAUGACGAUAUCGGACGUAAACAUAGAAAGAAGAAGAAGCACCAGAAUAACCCUUGCUAUGGAGGGUACGGAAGGACCUUUGGGGAAAAGUUUGGACCUCACGACUACACAUACGUAAACGCGCCUGUUACAAAUUACUUCUUCGGAUGUGGUGGCGGGCCAGCACUCGCUCCGAUUCAACAGUAUCCCGUUCAAGGCGGCCAUGGUCACGGGGGACACGGCCAUGGUGGACACGGUCAUGGGGGACACGGUCACGGAGGACAAGGUCAUGGAGGACAUGGUCAUGGGGGUCACGGUCAAGGUGGUUAUGGUGUCCAAGGAUUCCCAGGAGCAUUUGGAGGACAAGCGAACUAUGGUUACAAUCAGCCUUACAAUCAAUAUCAAAACUUCAACCCAAUACAGAAUGCCGUUUCGGCUGCCGCAUCAGGUUUCGGAAGUGCGGUCGCAGGGUACUUCAACCGACCGAGAAAAGUUAACAAGCAAGUGAAUCAGUUCUUAAGACCAUUAUAUAAGCUGUUUUAAAGUGCAGUGAUCAUUGCGAAACUGACUCUUAUUGUGUUUAUUAUUUAGAGACUAAUAUAGAUUAUACUUCAAAUACGAUUAUGUUUGAUUAUUGUUCAAAAAACACUGUUAAAUCAAAGUAUCUUGCAAGGUGACCGUUGAAGCAUGAAAUCAUGUCCCGA